AGAGAUCCACAUUCUUCGUGUCCUGUGUGCCUUAUAAAUAGAGAGCGAAGACACAGCGCGAAGACUCUGAGCACACAGAGAUUUCUCAUUUCUGCACAAAGUUUGUUUGUAGGGGGACGACACAUCAACCAAAAUGAGUGACGGCAAAGAAGAAAAGGGCAAAGGAGGAGGCAGAAGGAAAUGUGAUGAUGAGGACAAAGGGCAUGAAUGGGGAGAAUGCCAAGGAGGUGAAGGAGGCCAAGGAGGCGGGCAAGGAGGCCAAGGAGGCGGGCAAGGAGGCCAAGGAGGCGGGCGAGGAGGCCACGGAGGCGGGCGAGGAGGCCACGGUCACGGUCAUGGUCACGGUCACGAACAUGGUCAAGGAAAAGGCAAAUCAGACCACUGAGAACGCAGGCGAUGAAGUUCUUCAGAAUAAAAAAAAAAUUCCAUGAUUUACUUUACUGUUGCAACAAAACAAAAAGUUCCUUUUGGUAAAAUCAGUUCUGUGAAGCACAAAUAAAAUCACUCAGAAAAACA